GCCAGUGCGGUGAUAUGUCCAGAAGGAAGCAGGCAAAACCUCGAUCUCUCAAACGGGACGAAGAGUGGGACGACGAUAACGAGCAGAAUGUCCUGGAAGCGGCCGAACAGGAUAACGAAACGACGACGAUUAAGCAGGAUGAUGAAGAAGAGGAUGAAGAAGAAGAGCUACAACGAGCAUUUAGCCGUCAGUCAGAGGAUUGUUUGCAGGAUGGCAGGUCAACUUCUGUCCAAGGCCCUGAUCUAGAAAAUCAGAAUAGUCUUGAUAGCGUAACGACGAUUGCAGAAAAGAAUCGAUACGAUUCACUAUGUUUUUUCGACAUUUAA